UUAGUAAUUUUAACUAUCAAAAGCUUACCAAAUAUAGUGUGGGUCAAACAAUAUGACAUUCCGAUUUUAAAAAUAUUAUUAGUCAAAUAACAAAGUCAUAGAUUGUGUUAGUAGUGUCUAUCUGUUACCGUCUUUGAGGAUUAAUAUCCAUUAAGGAAAUCACCAUAAAAAUGCCUAUUUAAAAAUAAAUAAAUAAAUAAAAAUAAAAUAAAAUAAAAUAAAAAGCAAAGUAGGCCCAUGAUGUACUUUAUUAACAAUUUCUACCAAAUUCUCAUCUUUAUGCGUUUAUGCAAAAAGGUCAUUAUAAGCACUGAGUGCUGAAAUAAAAUCAAAUCAAGUAAAUGAGAACAAGUAGUAGAGUAUCCAUUAGACUUCCCUAACAAUUAAUUGAUUUUUCAAAGUAAACAUUAAAAAGAGUAUCAGACAAAUUAAAGCUUAUUUCUGCAACAAGAAAACUUAUGAUGCUUCAACUAUCUUGCAUUUAUUACUUAGUUUCUCUCUUUAGCUUCUUCUGCAUUAUAUUAAAUUUACUCUUCAUAUACAAGCAAAUAAUCAGCCUAUUCUAUUUAUUAGUUUUUCUCUUUAGCUUCCUUUGCAUUAAAUUUUUCUUUCAACACAAUGAAGAAAUAAGCCAAAUUUACUCAAUUAAUAUAAUUUUUUACGUUCUUAUAUAUACAUAAUAACUCUCUUCACAAAGUAUUACGGUAUUUGAUUUUUAGUGAUAUAUUUGGCUACCUCUUUAGAAGGUUACAAAUAAUUCAAGAGAUUAUAUUUACAAAUGAAAAGAAGAAUUUGGUUUUGUCACAUAUUGCUCAUGAUACCUUGGUUUUUGGUGUACACAAUGGGACAUGUAACAGUAGAAGAAAAGGCAGAAGCAACAAUACCAAACACAGCUUUAUCUCCACCAGAAGGGAACACUACAUUCCUUGAUGCAACAACUUGGUGUGUAGCAAUUCCUUGGGCACCUCAGAUGGAUCUACAGAUAGCACUGGAUUGGGCUUGUGGUGACGGAAAAGCCGAUUGCAGUCCGAUCAAAGCCGGUGGCCCGUGUUACGAGCCUAAUACGGUGGUUUCACAUGCUUCUUAUGCCUUCAACGCCUAUUAUCAGCAGAAUGGUAACAAUGACAUUGCUUGCAACUUUGGUGGAACAUCUACAUUAACAAAGAAAGACCCAAGCUACGGUAAAUGUUCCUAUGCUGCUUCCAGCCUCAGCCCCCUACGCUCGUCGACUACAAAGCAGGAUGCACAUAAUAAUGUACUAAUCGGCAUUUUGAUAUUAUUAUACAUGACAAUAUGGUACAAUUAGAAGUGAUUAUGUUAUUGAAAAGGGUAGGAGGAGAAUAUUUAGCUCUAGGACAGUAGUUAAGAAACGCUUUGCACUACGUGCUUUUGUUUGGAAAUUAAAAUUGUUAUUUUGUUAAAAGGAUGCUUUUCUUUAGAAAUAUGUCAAGAAUAUUUGACUAUGUAAUUGCUUUUUGUCUCACAUUUUAUGGCUCAAAAUAGUUGGUUGAGAUGCCUAAUGCCUGCUUUGUAUAUCUUGCAGUGGCAAUACGAAUAAAGUUUGCAUUUCAAAUUACAAUUUCAUAAAAUUAAAAAAUAAAAAAUAAAAACACAUUUCUUUCACUAACACAUGUAUAACUUGUUUUUUAAAGGUCAGACAAAAACCCUAACCGUACUUCAACUCUCACGGUUUUUUUGAUUUGAUAUUUGCGGAUCAGACACUUUGAUAGUGAGAGGGGAAAGGGGAAAGGAUCCCCACCCUCCAAUGUCACUGGUGAGGAUUGAACCCCUAACCUCAAUGUUGGUAGGUACAAACCUUACCAUUAGCUUGGU